CUGGCUAAGGGUUAGAGGGCUUUGUUCAGACACCGGGACGUUGUUGUUUACAAGCGGUCGUUUUUCUAAACUCUGAAGCGAGAGCUGUUGGAGUCAAGAAUAGCAUACACGUCGUGUUUACUUUUGUUCUUUGGAAGUAUUGUUUCGCUUGUGAAGACAACUUAACGGCGGCCGCUGAGAUAUUUCAGACUUGCUUUUUGUGUACAAACAAAAGUGGGUCCGGAGCUUCUUAAGGUGGAAUUGCGCCUCUGUGGCCCCGUCGACCAUGGGGAGCUCUCUGCAGUAAAAUACGGCGGUCCUCUUCAGCGCCAUCAUGACUGACAAGCGAUCGCUUUUCGCCGAGAGGCAGCCCAUGGAAUUGGGAGGAAACGGGCAACUUUCCAGCUGCCGGGAGCCUAGCAGCAGCGCAGCCAGGGGCUUCUUUGUAGGGGUCCCCAGAUCCUGAUCUAAAUCAUCCAUCCCUCCCUCUCUCCCACCCCACUCCUACAUUCGCACCCCCAGCGUUUAGAAAUUCAGUCCAGGAAUAAAAGGGAAGGCUUGCCAGGCAUCGGUGUGUAAGAGCAUCAAAGGGAGAGAUGGAGUCCGUAGGAAAAUUCGAAUUCAGUCGGAAAGAUCUGAUCGGGCACGGCGCAUUUGCCGUGGUUUUCAAGGGAAGACACAAGGAGAAACAAGACUGUGAGGUCGCUGUCAAGUGCAUCAACAAGAAGAACCUCGCCAAGUCGCAGACGCUUUUGGGCAAGGAGAUCAAGAUAUUAAAAGAACUUAAACAUGAGAACAUCGUGGCGUUGUACGACUUCCAGGAGAUGGCAAGUUGUGUCUAUUUAGUAAUGGAGUAUUGCAAUGGCGGUGACCUGGCUGACUAUCUCCACUCUAAAGGAACCUUGAGCGAGGACACCAUCCGCCUGUUCCUGCAGCAGAUUGCUGGAGCGAUGAAGGUGUUGCAAAGCAAAGGCAUCAUUCAUCGCGACCUGAAGCCACAGAACAUCCUCUUGUCUCACUCUGGAGGGCGCAAGUCAAACCCCAACAGUACCCGUAUCAAGAUAGCUGACUUUGGAUUUGCCCGAUACCUGCAGGAUAACAUGAUGGCAGCAACACUUUGUGGCUCUCCCAUGUAUAUGGCACCUGAAGUCAUAAUGUCACAAACAUAUGAUGCCAAGGCAGACCUGUGGAGUAUUGGAACCAUUGUGUACCAGUGUCUGACCGGGAAGGCCCCAUUUCAGGCCAGCAGCCCUCAGGAUCUUCGGCACUUCUAUGAGAAACAUAAAAGUUUGACCCCAAACAUCCCCCGGGAAACUUCUAGCCACUUGCGUAACUUGCUGCUGGGACUGCUACAGCGCAACCACAGGGACCGCAUGGACUUCGAUGAGUUUUUUCAGCAUCCUUUCCUAGAAGUUAACUCAUCCAUGAAGAAAUCUGCUCCCGUGCCAAUGCCCUCCUACCCAAGCUCUGGUUCUGGCAGUUCCUGUAGCAGUUCCUCGACAUCCCACUUGGCCUCUCCUCCUCAGUCAGUGGCAGAGAUGCAACAGCUGAGAGUCAAAACCCUGGUUUCCCCUACCCAGGAUUCAACAAGCUUCCUUCAUGGAUCAAAGGACUCGGGUGGCAGCAGUAACAGCAAGAACUCUUCCUGCGAUACGGAUGAUUUUGUUAUGGUGCCAGCCCAAUUACCCAAUGAUUUUGCGAGUGAAGCAGCAGGAGCGAAGCCAGUUCAGGAUAGUCUCCUUUACAGUGGCAGACCAAUCGAGUUUUCAGCUACCAACUAUGGACAGUCCGUGCCAAUUCCAGUGCCGACCCAAAUUCAAAACUUCCAGCGCAUCGAGCAAAACUUGCAUUCCCCAAGUCAAAACAGCUCCCCAAGAUCUGCCCCGCCAGUUCGUCGAUCUAGUAGUGGCAGCCCCUUGAAUUUGGGACGGGCCGGGGCUUCCCCACCCUACUCAGCAGAGCAUGCGGUAGCGUUUAGUUCCCGCAGGAUGUCCACCGGAGGAUCAAAACCAUACCAGCCUUCUCCACAAGUUGGUACCAUUCCAGAGCUGCCUGGCCAGAUCUUCAAUGCAGGAGGAGAUGCUCAAAGCAGGCCUCAGAGCACUGGCCUAACUGUUGCUGGCAACCUUUCUCAUCAUGGUAUGGGCUCAAGGCUCCACAGUGCUCCGGACCUGUUGGAAGGCUGUAAGUCUAACAGACAAAAAAUAAAGAAGCAAUACUCAGAACCGGUGGUACUUCGUCAGAACAGCCAGUUCCCUCCAUUCCCCUCCCUACAGCAAAGUCGACAGCUGCGUUCCUCCCCAAAAUUAUCAGAACUAAUGCAGAGGAAUCCAUUGCCAACCAUCCUGGGCUCCCCAACUAAGGCUAUGCCUCCUUUCGAGUUUUCCAAACCACCGAGCUCACAAAACCUGAUUGCUUUCCUAACACAAAAAGGUCUUGUGCUGACACCGACUCGGAACAGGACCGUACCAGAUCUGAAGAACAUGAGUCAGCUUCACUGCCAGCAUCCUGGCCUCGGCACAAGGCCUGCAGAAGAAGGCAAAGCUUUUGGCAGAUCUCUUAGUGCUGGAAGACUUUCCGAAAUGUUGUUAAAAGCAGCUUUUGGUGGUGGUCACAUCAUUGAUGGUGGCAGCAAUGAAAGUCUGAACACAGAGAGAGCCAUGGACACAACAGCACCAUCUGCUAGCCAGCCAUAUGGAGCAAUGGUUGUGGGUUCUGGAAGCCCGACUCCUGUGGUUUUUACUGUCGGAUCUCCACCCAGUGGUAGCACACCACCACAAAGUCUUCGGACCAGAAUGUUCUCAGCUGGAUCUUCUAGCUCAGUGAGUUCUGGAGGUUCCUUUAACAGCAGACAACUUCUGGCUGGAACAUACCUGGAUGGUUUUGAGGGCCCUUGUGGCAUUCGUUAUGGCUUUGCUGACCCAGCUUCCAUUAAUUUAGAAGGAAUGGUCACUUUUGAAGUUCCUGAGCUGCCCGAGGAAACACUGAUGGAGCAAGAACACACAGAAAUUCUUGGCAACUUGAGCUUUAUGCUGUCCUUCGUGCAGUGUGUGAUGGAGAUUGCUGGUAACAAGGGCUACGUGGCUGAGACCUGCUCCACCGCAGAGGCUUUCCAAUUGCAGGAGAGUGUAGUUGCUGAUCAGAUUAGUCUUCUGAGCCGGGAGUGGAGCUACGCCGAACAGCUAGUUUUAUAUAUGAAGACAGCUGAGCUGUUGUCGGCCUCCUUACACACUGCUAUGGAGCAAAUUAAGCAAGGUCGGCUGUGCCCCUCGACAGCUGUCAAGCAAGUGGUGAAGAAACUGAACGAAUUGUACAAGUCAAGUGUGACCUCCUGCCGUGCCCUCAGUGCUCGGCUGCAGCGUUUCUUCUACGACAAGCAAAAGCUGAUGGACAGGAUCAACAGCUUUACAGCGGAGAGGCUCAUCUACAGCCAUACAAUCCAGAUGGUACAGUCUGCAGCCCUGGACGAGAUGUUCCAUCAUGGAGAAGCAUCCAUUCAGAGGUACCAUAAGGCUCUGCUGCUGAUGGAAGGGCUGUCCCUCAUUAUCACGGAGCAGGCCGAUAUUGACAACAUCAACAAGUGUAAGCUUUGUAUUGAACGAAGGUUGUCCACUUUGCAGCCGGAACCCUGAGGGUCCACCCUCCUGGCACCUUGCAGCACUGUGAUCUGCACCUGCCGUUUUCUCACAGUUCCUGCUGUGACUGGAUUGGUGUGACGCAGCCCUUCUGCUACCUGCGCCUUGUCCCGUCUGGGGUUUUGGACUGCCAUUUGCAGAGUGCGGCUGACGGACUUGACUUUCGGAGCCGUGGACACCUCUUUAGAGACUUUGAUUCCGCAAGGAAUGAGUGGUGUGGUCCUGAACUGAAGAAAUAAGUAGACACGAAGCACUUCAGGGAAAUUGCUGCUUUCAUGUUGAUGGUAAUUUACUUUCAGCCAUGCCAGGAGCACUUGGAGCUUAAUUCCUGUGUGAAUGUAUUUUAGGCAGAGAGUGGGCAAAAAAUAUGAAAGCAGUGUUUACUUCUGGGGACUGUUGUUUGAACACUGUGAGAAGGCAACUUUUUCGGCCAAAUAGAUCCUUCUAAUUGCAGUAGUGCAUGAGUGACUGUCAUCUCAUCCAAAGCACCAUGUUGCUGUUUAGAAGUGGAUCCCAGGCAGAAGGUUUGAAAACACGAGACAAGAGACAGAUUGUGUGAUGGCCUUCAGUCAGUAGCAGUUUGUCUGGCUUAUCUUUUUAAUUAUUAUUAUUUGUUUGGUUUUAUUUUUCUGUCUUGCUCCUUCUGUCUAAAGUUGUCCAUAACCUUGAAGCACUUAUUUCCAUACUUUGGUGUAUUUUACUGAAGUGCUCAAGGGUUAUGAAAUUGUGCAGGAGAGUCCAAAGAAGAGCUGAAAGUUUUUUUUUGCCAGGAACACAUUCAUAAUUUCCACUACAUGGUCUUGGUGGGUUACAAAUUGACAAUUCUAGUAUUUAGACAAAAUUAAGAAGCGCAAGACAACCUCUGUCAUAAUGUCCUAGGCUGCUGAUGUUACUGAACAAUCAGAUCAGAAAUGUUCAAAAUGUAAUGGUGACUAGAUAGGAUUUUAUAAUAAAACUGAAACCCCAGUGUAGUCCCAACGAUGUCGUCCUCCUGUUGAGGGCAUCUCCGUUUGCGGCACACAGUUCAUUUCCUUAAAAACCAAAAGAGAAACAUACUGAAGGGAGUGCCCCAUUUGAACUAAGCAGAAGCUGUCCACGUUAGCCAGAGAGUGACAAUUGCCUGCCUGCCCGCCCGGAAACUGGUCACAAGACGCCUUGGACUGGUGUCAUUGGUUCACAAUGUUGAUGCACUCGUUUGAUAUUUUCAAGGAUCUCAGAUUUCCUUUGCGUAUCUCGAUCACUCCUCACCCGUCUGCUGUCCAGAGUGAAGAAGACAAAGAAUCAUGUACAGUGAAAAUUGUGAUCUUUUUCUAUCGACAAGCAGGUUGUACUAACUUCUGACAAACUAUGAAAUGUAAAACGCAAUGAUUUGUGGUGCAAUCAAAUGGAGCGAGUGUGUAGGCAAUGGCGGGUGUUAAGGACUUGAUAGGAGAGCACUUUAUCAGAACCUUUGCUCGCUAUUGACAAGCUUACAGGUCACAGCUACAACCAAACUACAUCCCCAUCGCUCCGGGUCAGCCUGUCCGACUAGGAAUACUUGGCAGUGCCUGGCCAGGGCUGCUGCUUUUUCACCCUCAUCCGAGUUUUCAGUACCCCCUGCACUCUCUUGAUUAUUUUUUUAAAGCUUCCUGCUCGAAUGAGGCACUUCAUUGUGCAACUCUGUGACCGCUACACUUUAAAAAAAACAUGAGAGCUUAGUGGGCUUUGGUUGAUUUUGCCUUGCAAAUUUGUUUCGCCGAAAACGCCACAUACCAAGGGCGCUGAUCAUCUCUGCCAAUUUAUCUGAAUGCUUACAAAAAUUCAAUGGUGGUGUGUACGAGGCUUUAAAAAGCUUUUUUUGGUCUUGAUCUUUGUUUAUUGCCCUUAUUAACGUUAGAUUUAGGAAACCUUUUUAAAGGGUUCUUACGAUGGGGCCCAGAAUUCAAUAGCAUUAACCGUGAGCGUGUUUGCCUCAGUUGGCGGAGUGGGGGCCUUAUACGCUAAGGGACGAUUACACCACCAACUCCGCGUGCUGCGUGCUCUACAGAAGAGGGCUCAGUUGAUGAUUUUGCACAUGGUUAGACCAGAAUCGGACCCCGUUGUUCCGCUUACAGAGGGCAUAAGUGGGCGAUGGAGUCACUUCUCUGGUCUUCAUUCAAGUACUUUGCAUUAGUCAGGCAAACUGCAAGUGCCAAGCAGUGCGGCUUUGCGACGUCUUGGGGACGUGGAGGCAGCCUGAGUCACUGAGCAUGCUCUGUCCUUCGAUUUUGUUGCACUACUAAAACUGUACUGUAUAUCAGUGUAUUAAUACACCGUUGGGUACGGGCACUUUGGCCAGCCUGGUUUGAGUUUGUGUCUGGGCAUCUGGCCAAUCAGUAUGGAAAGUGUGUUUAAAGUGAAAUGCGAAUGUUCGAAUGUUAGUAAGGUGUUUUGUUUUGGAUCGCUUGACUUUUUUUUUUUUCUUCUUUUUGUGUCUGUUUUGGACAAAAAUUCUAAUUAUAUUUACUUUAGAGAGCAGAAAAUGUAUUCUGAGUUUAUACACUGCAGAGUUAAAAAAAAAAAAAA